AUGGCGGCAGCAACCAGAUUCGUCCUCAACAAUGUUAGUGACUUCCCCGAUGCUUUAACUUCCUGCUUGGUUAAGUUGCCCUUUGUUCUUGCAGUGGCCGUUGGGAUAGUGGAGAGCGGUUUGGUUUCAUCGCUGGUGCAGAAGCUGAAGACCGAGAAGGAGGACAUCCAAGAGCUCAUCCUGGACACCCUCACAGGCUGCCUGCGAGUUGAAGCCUUCGAGGCCUUGGCUACAGGAUCUGUUGCUAUCUUGAAGGAGAAGCUGCGGGAUCCCUCACGGGCCAUCAGGUGCAAGGCUGCCCAGGUCCUCAUGGCCAUCAGCGUCCCAUUGGAGGGGAAGAACAUGGUCUUCAAAGAAAACGUCUUUCCGGACCUGGUCACCCUGCUGGAAGAUGAGGAUGCGGAGGUGCGAGCCAACGCUGCCGGGGCCAUCAUGAAUUCGGCAGUGACCACCCAAGGGAAAUAUGCUGCUAUUAAUGCAGAAGCCAUCGAGUAUCUUCUGCCUUUGAUCCACGAUGACAAGAGCAAAGUCCGCCUCUAUGCUAUCAAGGCCCUGACCAUGUUGUCAGAAGCCCCAGAAGGCCGCACGACUCUGCUGAAGCACGUGCCGGAAUUCCGGAAGCAGCUGAAGGAUUCCAGUGAGACCGUGCAGAGAGCAGCCCAGAUCGCCAUACAGAAAAGAAUUGGUAAUGAGGCUAGACACUUUUUGAUCAAGAUGAACCUCAUCUCAAGUCCAAAGAAGAGUUGGAGUCCGAAGGACACGUCUGUCAUGGGUUAA